AUGUUUGCCAUUUCAAUCGGCAAUUCCACGCGAGAGAGGGGGCAUGCGAGAACUAAUUCGACUCGACGCUACAGACUCACACAAGCCGAGACACGCGAGCUGGAGCAGCGCAUGGCGAAGCGCCAGGUCAAAGAAUUCCUCAACCUCUUCAGCAACCUCGUUGAUCAUUGCUUCAUGUCAUGCGUCGACGACUUCACCUCCAAGUCCCUCUCGAACCGCGAGUCAGGUUGCGUCACGCGCUGCGUCCAGAAACACAUGGCGCUCACGCAGCGCCUGAGCGAACGCUUUCAAGAGCACAAUGCCGCCAUGGCUCAGCAGCAGCAAUUCCGGUAA